AUGAUGUCUCAGCAACCACAUGAAGAGUGUUUUCACACAAGCUUACAGAAUCUAUCUCAGCUUUGGCAUCAGAGGUAUGGACACUUAAGCUACAAGGGUUUGAAGACCUUGCAGAGCAAGAAAAUGGUGCGUGGCCUUCCUAAUUUCACCGUCUCAGAUGAGUUGUGCGAAGAUUGCAUUGUAGGCAAGCAUCACCGUGAUCCUAUACCCAAGAAGAGUUCUUGGAGAGUAGGUCAAAUAUUGGGUCUCAUCCAUGCAGACAUCUGUGGACCAAUCACUCCCAUGUCCAACAGCAACAAAAGGUACUCUUUGUGUUUCAUAGAUGACUACAGUAGGAAGUCAUGGAUGUAUUUUUUGAGUGAGAAAUCAGAAGCAUUGAGUCAUUUCAAGUGCUUUAAGAAAAUGGUGGAGAAUGAGACAGAUUUGCCCAUCAAGUGUGUGCGUACAGAUAGGGGAGGCGAGUUCACCUCAGUUGAAUUCAACAACUUCUGCAUGGAGAAUGGCAUUAAAAGGCAGCUAACAACUGCCUACACCCCUCAACGAAGCGUGGCGGAAUGGAAGAAUAGAACUGUAAGCCUUCUGUUGAUCAUUUUCGGGGUAGUGGUGAGUAGGGAUGUGAUAUUUGAAGAGGAUAGACAAUGGAAUUGGGAUGAGAGUUAUGAAGAACAAAUUUUGGUAGAUUUAGAGGAGGAAGAUGAUGAUGCAGGAGUAGGUGAUAUUAAUAGUGAGGGAGAUGAAAACAUUGAUGGGGUUGGAAAUAAUGGUGAAAAUAUAGGUGAGAAUGAGAUUGACAGUGGUGAUAGAGGAAAUGAAUCUCCAAACAAUGGGGAUAGUGAAGAUAAUGGAGGUAGUACUGGUAAGAGAGUGGGAAAUCGUCCAGGAUGGAUGAGGGAUUAUGUUAGUGGGGAGGACCUCGGGUUAUCUGAAGAUGAGAGUAAUAUGGCACUAAUGGUGUCAAGUGAUCCAUUGUAUUAUGAAGAAGCGAAAGUUGGGGUGAAAUGGAUCUAUAAAACCAAGUAUAAUGAGCAUGGAGAGCUUGAGAAGCACAAAGCACGCUUGGUGGCCAAGGGGUACACGCAGAAACAUGGGAUAGACUACACCGAGGUCUACGCUCCAGUGGCAAGAAUGGAGACAGUGAGGAUGGUGGUGGCUCUUGCGGCUCAAAGAAAUUGGAAAAUAUUCCAGUUAGAUGUGAAAUCAACCUUCCUCCAUGGUGAACUUGAUGAAGAUAUAUACGUUGAGCAGCCAAAGGGUUAUGAGGUCAAAGGAAGUGAGGACAAGGUCUACAAGUUACACAAGGCUCUAUAUGGCUUAAAGCAAGCUCCACGAGCUUGGUUCAGCCGCAUCGAAACUUACUUUCUCAGUGAGGGUUUCGAAAGAUGUCCAAAUGAGCAGACUCUCUUCACAAAAGCAUUCAAUGAUGCAAGUUUUUAA